AUGAAUAUAAAAUGCUUUGAUCUAGAUUUACCUGAUCAUAUUGUCGUUGAAAACGUUUUCCUACAACAAAGGGUUCGACAUAGAAAACAGCAAUUUGAUGAACAAUCAGAACCUCAAGUUCUCAUGCAAGGUCUUGACAAAUUUAAAGUUGAUACGUUCCGCUGUGUUAUUGACCAAAUAUCAAUUAGUCUAAAUGAAAGAUUUUCAAAAAAUACAUCUUUAAUUGCAGAUGUCCAAUACUUACACCCUUCAUAUUUUAUGAAUAUUAAAAAUACAAUGCCUCCAAAUGCACGCAAAUUAAUUGGAAACUUAAUAAAUGUCGACUUUAAAGUACUACAAAAUGAGUUAUUAAGUUUUUCAAGAAUUUUUCCAAAUAUUAUUGCUGAAAGUAAUGAACUAUUAUAUGAUGAAGAUGAAAACAAUCUUAAUAUUAAAGCUAAACAUACAAUUGAAGAAUGCAAUCAAUGUUUAAUCUCAUAUGAGUAUACGUUGACACUUUCUUUUACUCAAGUUAAUUGCGAAAGAGCUUUCAGUAAAUUAAAACUUAUUAAAACAAGGCUGCGAUCUACAUUAGAACAAGAAAAACUGGAAGCAUUUAUGAUGAUGAGUGUAGAAAAAGAACUUUUAUAUGACGUGAAGUUUGAAGAAAUUCUUACUUAUAUUAAAAAUAGUUCAUCAUUAAUGAACAAGAUGUUAACAUAA